AGCUCGUGCCCACACCCCCUUCAACGCACAUCAUCACUCAGCUGCCAGCGCUCACAACUCCUCCAUCAGCUAGUUGCUGUGCUCCAAUCCGAUCCAAGAGGCAGAUGGGCUCCACGGACAUUGCCGACGAGGAGACAUGCCUGCACGCGCUGCAGCUAGUGUCGUCGGCCGUCCUGCCGAUGACGCUCAGGACUGCCAUCGAGCUGGGCCUGCUCGAGACCCUCGUGGGCGCCGGCGGCAAGGCCCUCACUCCCAAGGAGGUGGCCGCGAAGCUGCCGUCCAAGGCCAACCCGGCCGCGGCGUCCAUGGUCGAUCGCUUGCUGCGGCUGCUUGCCUCCUACAACGUCGUGUCGUGCGUGGUGGAGGAGGGCGAGGACGGCAGCCUGUCCCGCCGGUACAGCGCCGCGCCGGUGUGCAAGUGGCUCACCCCCAACAAGGAUGGCGUCUCCAUGGCGCCGUUCCACCUCCUCGCCAACGACAAGCUCUUCAUGCACGCCUGGAGCUACAUGACGGACGCGGUCCUUGAGGGUGGCAGCCCGUUCAAUAGGGCGUUCGGGACACCUUCCUGGUUCGACUACGCCGGCACGGACGCGCGCUUCAACAGCGUCUUCAAUGAGGCCAUGAAGCAGCACUCCGUCAUCCUCACCGAAAAGCUCCUCGAGCUCUACACGGGCUUCGACGGCGUCCGCACCCUCGUCGAUGUCGGCGGCGGCCUUGGCUCCACCAUCCACGCCAUCACCUCCAGGUACCCGACCAUUCAUGGGAUCAACUUCGACCUCCCCCACGUCAUCUCCGAGGCGCCAGCCUACCCCGGCGUGCAUGUGCAGCACGUGGGUGGUGACAUGUUCGAGGAGGUACCCUCCGGCGAUGCCAUUCUCAUGAAGUGGAUCCUCAACUGCUGGGGCGACCACCACUGCGCCAGGCUGCUCAAGAACUGCUACGACGCGCUGCCGCUGCAUGGGAAGCUCAUCAGUGUCGAGUGCAUCCUGCCGGUGAACCCGGACGCCACGAACAGCGCGCAGGGGUUGAUCGGCGUCGACGUGUGCCUGCUCGCGUACAGCCCUGACGGCAAGGAGAGGUAUGAGAGGGAGUUCGUGGAGCUCGCCAAGGGCGCCGGGUUUACCAGCGUCAAGUCCACCUACAUCUACGCCAACUUCUGGGCCAUCGAGUACACCAAGUAGCUGCCGCCGGGCAGGCUUCGGCCUCCAUCUACAUAAUAAAUUAAAAUAUUCUACCUAAAGUUUCCAUCCUGUGUUUCUCUGCCGGCACUAGACCAAGGUGUCUCUUGUAACUGCCACCUCCAUGUUAUUUACAAGAAUAAAAUAGAGAAACACCAGCCGUUUGGCUCUCUCAUGA